UAACACACACACACACACACUCAAAUCCAUCCACAUUUUCAUUUCUUCUUUUCUCUGUUGUAACUGAAACCUGAGUGUGUCAUAGUAAUAAACACAACACAAACUACAGAAGUAGAAGCUGAAAAAAAUGAUGAAAUCAGGGAUGGGAAUUGAAGAGAGAAAACAGCUGAAAAGACCAGCACAAGCAAGUUCAAGAAAAGGGUGUAUGAGAGGUAAAGGAGGACCUGAAAAUGCAAGUUGCACUUACAAAGGUGUGAGGCAGAGAACAUGGGGUAAAUGGGUGGCUGAAAUUCGCGAACCUAAUCGUGGUGCUCGUCUUUGGCUUGGUACUUUUGAAACCUCUCAUGAAGCUGCUUUAGCUUAUGAUGCUGCUGCUCGUAAACUUUAUGGUUCUGAUGCAAAACUUAACCUCCCAGAACUUUCUACACCCCCUCAAAAUACUACUUCAUCACCCUCUCCUACACCACCUCAAAUGCAACAACAACAACAACAUCCUCAUAUUCAAAUUCAACCCAACAACAACAAUAACAUUAACAAUAGCUUCAAUAUUUGCAACAACAUAAACAUGAACAACAACAACAAUAAUAGUCCUGUUUUUGUGUCUCUGUCUUCUCAACAAGUUGGUGGUGAUAUUACACCAAUAUAUAGCAGUGAUAAUUCUGUUAUGUCAUUUCCAUUGGAUAGUAAUAGUACUAUUACAAAUACAAUGGAAUCAAAGGGUAUGGAGAUUAGUAGUGAUUCAUUUUUUGGAACAGUGAAUUAUGAAACCAUGCCAGUAAUUGAUGAUGAUUCAAUUUGGACAGAAGCUGCUAUGUCUUUAGAUGCUGCAAUUUCAAUGGAUUUUCCAAUGAUUGUUGAUGAUGCUGAUGGAAUUUAUAAUUCAGGUGCAAAUUUUGCUGAAGUUGGUGCUUGGGAUUCUCUACAAACUCCAUGGUGCAUGUAAAUCAACAUCAAUCAAAUCAAACUCAAACUACAAAACUAAAUAUAUCAUCAUGAAAUAAUCAAUCAUAUAUAAAAUAUAGUGUGUGUGUGUGUGUGUGUGUGUGAGAGUGUAUAUAUAGAUAUGGUCUUGCAUUAGGUACAUGUAUACUAUACUAUAAUAUACACAUAGUAUAGUGUGUAUAUAUUUAUGGUACUCCUUCCUUUAGCUAGGUACAUAAGGAGUGAAAGAUCAAUUAGUAUACUAUAAGUAGCAAAUAUGUUACAUGUAUGAUAAUAAUGUGUGUUAAACUUGACUAAAGUGAAGACCAUGACAUAGUGAUUUUGUUAGCACUUUUGUCUUGGAUCUUUAUUAUAGUGUCAAAUAGUGUAUAUAUUACAUGGUGUGAACAAAUGGUUAUGAAUGAAUAUGGUGCUUGCUUAGCACUAUGUUAUGUUAUAUUUA